AUGAGCAAGCUGGGCGGCGGCAUCGGCGGCGCCAGUGGCACCGCGGCGGGGCCGACGGCGGCGGCCGCGGCCGCCGCGGCGCAGAAGCAGAGGGCGCUGCUCCAGAAGGCGGACGCCGACGUCGCCAGCCUCGUCGACAACUUCUCCGCCCUCAUCAACAUCGCCCGCGUCAACGACCCGCCCGUGCGCAACUCGCAGGAGGAGUUCCAGAUGGAGAUGCGCGCCUCCCGCAUGGUACAUUCAGCGGACUCUCUGUUGAAACUAGUAUCGGAGCUUAAGAGGACAGCCAUAUUUUCUGGGCUUGCUUCUUUGAGUGAGAAUGUUGAUAGAAGGAUUGAGGUGCUUAAUCAGCAGGCAGAGGGAACCGACAGAAUGCUGGAGAGAAUUGGGCAGGAGGCAGCAGCAAGCCUUAAGGAGUUGGAGGCACAUUACUACUCAUCUGUUGUGCGGACUCCGCUCUAAUACUGAGGACGUCUUUGGCUUUCCACUGAUAGCAGAGUAACUCUAGAGGAGCUGUGCAAGGACAUGAUCAAUGUACCUUGCCUAAAAAACAGCUCAAAUUGUGUAGGUUGAGAACAGAUGCAGUCAUGUCCAACCAUGUUGUAUUAGCUAUUGAGAUGGCAUGCUAAUUCUAGUUUCUAUCCGUUUUUCUAAUUUCUUAUCCUUAUAGAGGGUUAUUAUAACUUCUACUUCAAUGAGGUGUCUUUUCUUGUGCUCCUUUUCUGACUUGCAGUCAUUAUAAUUUCUUGUGCUCCUUUUCUGACCUG